UGAAGUUAAUAAUAAAACUCUAAGUACAGAAUUAGCGUUCAGUGAGAACGUUUAAAGUGCGAAAUUUUUAAUGGUUAAAUUUGUUUCAAAAUAACGCGAGAGAGUGCUUAGAGAUAAACUCGGGGGCUCUUGAAAGCGUUUAAGGGAGGCUGAAGCGCUCGUCGAGACGGCAAGACGGCGUGAGCAACAGAGUGUGCGUUUUGUAAAACUCCAGCUCUGUAACGAAGCUUGUUAGCGUACUUUUGUAAGGAGAUUGUCAGCUGCAGCGAAGACACCUCCUGAGCGAGGUUCGCGCAAAUGGAACUAAUGAGUUCUCUGUUGUUAUGUGCUCUUGUAGCAUUUUUGCCGCAAGCUUUAGGUCAAUCAAGAAGAAAAUUUUCAUACGAUUAUGGAUAUAACGAUUCUCUUUUAAUUAGAAGAAAAAAUAACACAAUGGGGACGAAUAUAUAUCUCAACCAAAAUAAAACGCCUUUAGUUAGCAAGUUUAAUGAUUUGCAAUUAAUAUUUAUGGAUCCGGCUUGCAGAGGGUGUUACAUUUGUAUGGAAAAAGCUUUGAAUGCUCACAAACCUCAUACUCAUAUGAUGGAUCCACACAUCAGUUCUGAAAACUUUCAAGAUGACCGCAAUAUUAUUGAUGUACAUAGACGUGAUAAACGGCAAUUCACAUCGGAAAUUAUAGGUGGAAAGAAAUCUAAAAGAUCUAAAUCUAAAAACAAUAAAGCUGUUACAUUAAUGAAAUAUAAAGACAAGGGUAAAAUAUAUGCGUUGAAAAUUAAAGAAACAAACUCAGUGUCUGAUCUCCACAAUAAGAGUAAAACUGUGACGACAUGCCAAGUGUACAGCAUUCAAAAAUCCUUUUCAUGUGAAUCCCCCCAAGCUAAUUUAAUUUUGACAGAUACACGAAAGAAAACGAAUAAAAAAGGUAAAAAGGGCCAUGGCAAACGAGAGACGAAAAUACUUAAGCCAAUAAAAACAGUGAUCACUCCAGUUAUGCCUUGGAAACGUUACAUAGACGACUCUCAUGUUCUGGAACAAAUAAUGCCUUCAAUAGAAGAAAUUUAUUAA